UCUUAGUUUGUGUUACCCAAUACCCUCUUAAAGCCUCGCUCUCAUUUUCUCAUGGAAUCUUAAUGGUUAUCUUUGCAGGGCCCAAAUCUUGCUUUACUCCCAGGAACUCUAAGCACCAUGCCAUUGCCAGACUUGCUUAAUAUCCAAUUACAGAUAAUAAGGAACUGAUGAUGCACAAAGCUGAGAAGAAGUAUGAAGUGGGUAAAUUGGUGGAUGAGGAAGAGGCAAAGCAAAGGCAAUUAAGAGCUAUUUUAAACAAACUUACUCCAACGAAGUUUGAGAAACUUUUUGAGCAAGUGAAAGCAGUUAACAUUGACAAUGUUGCCACUCUAACUGGUGUUGUGUCACAGAUUGUUGACAGAGCUUCAAUGGAGCCUAUUUACUGUGAAAUGUAUGUAAAUUUCUGUUGUCAUCUGGCCGGGGAGUUGCCUGAUUUCAAUGAAGACAAUGAAAAGAUAACUUUUAAGAGAGUGCUUCUGAACAAGUGCCAGUGGGAAUUUGAGAGGGGGGAAAGAGAAAGAGAGCAAGAAGAAGAAGCUAAUAAAGCUGAUGAAGAGGGUGAGAUCCACCAGUCUGCAGAGGAAAGAGAAGAGAAGAGAGUUAAGGCUAGAAGACGAAUGUUGGGUAACAUUAGAUUAACUGGGGAGUUGUACAAGAAGAAAAUGUUGACUGAGCGAGUAAUGCACGCAUGUAUACAGAAAUUGCUGGGUCAGUUUCAGGAUCCUGAUGAAGAAGAUCUUGAAGCUUUGUGCAAAUUGAUGGGUACUAUUGGGGAGAUGAUCGACCAUGAAAAAGCUAAGGAGCAUAUGGAUAGAUAUUUUGAGAGAAUGAAGACAUUAUCCAAUAAUAUGAAUUUAUCUUCUAGAGUCAGGUUCAUGUUGAAGGAUGGAAUUGAUUUGAGAAAGAAUAAAUGGCAGCAGAGGAGGAAAGUUGAAGGGCCGAAAAAGAUUGAGGAAGUGCACAGAGAUACUGCUAAAGAACGACAUGUGCAAUUUAGCAGCUUGGGUCGUGGUUCGAGCAAAAACCAGUCAGCAAGAAGGGCACCUAUGGAUUUUGGUCCAAGAGGGUCAAUGAAGUUAUCUUCCCCAAAUGCUCAGAUGGGUGAUUACCGUGGAGUGCCGCCUACUCAGGAUAUUCGGUCGGAGCAAAGACUGUCUGGUGAGGCUGGUAAUCAGGAACUCAUGAUCAAAGAUCUAACCUUGACCAACCAGUUAUUACUGAGAAAACUCGAGCGGUGGCAAUGGUGGUUUUUUGUGGCACUCAACAUUUUCUUCCUCGCUGUGGGUCAAUCUACUGUUGUUCUUAAUGGAAGAUUUUAUCAUGACCAGGGUGGAAAUGGUAAAUGGAUGGCUACUCUUGUUCAAACUGCUGCCUUCCCAAUCCUUUUCAUCCCCCUCUUUCUUAUUCCUUCCUCUCAGCAGCCUUCAACUUCAUUGGCUCCACCCUCUAUUAAAAUUCUUGCCUUGAUCUACUUCUCUCUUGGAGUGCUGAUAUCUGGUGACAACAUGAUGUAUUCUGUUGGACUCUUGUACCUUCCUGCCUCUACUUACUCCCUCAUAUGUGUAUCCCAAUUAGCUUUUAAUGUGGUUUUCUCUUACUUCAUCAAUUCUCAGAGGUUCACUGCUUCAGUUGUUAACUCUGUGGUUGUCCUCUCAUUAUCUGCUGCCCUGAUUGCAGUCAAUGACGACUCUGAAGGACCAUCAGGAAUUUCUAGGUGGAAAUAUAUCAUUGGCCUCCUUUGUACCCUAGGAGGUUCUGCACUUUACUCUCUUUUGCAUUCCCUGAUGCAGCUUUCCUUCCAAAAGAUCCUGAAAAGGGAAACAUUUUCUGUGGUUUUGGAAAUGCAAAUCUAUACAUCACUUGUUGCCACUUGUGUUUCGAUUGUGGGUCUUUUUGCAAGUGGGGAGUGGAAGAGUUUGCAUGGGGAAAUGGAGAGUUUUGGUGCAGGAAGAGUUCCUUAUGUAAUGACUUUGGUUUCGACAGCUGUGGCUUGGCAGAUUUACUCUGUUGGGGUUGUGGGGUUGAUUUUUGUGGCUUCAUCUCUCUUCUCCAACGUAAUCAGUACUGUCUCUUUUGCUGUUACUCCUAUUGCUUUUGUGAUAGUUUUCCAUGACAAGAUGAACAGCAUCAAGGUAAUUGCUAUGCUUUUGGCUCUUUGGAGUUCUGUAUCUUAUAUUUACCAGAAUUAUCCUGAUGAUUCUAAGACAAGUAGAACGCUAAAUGAUGUCAUUGAAUCUCAUAAUGACUAUCACAAGGCAAGGAGAACACAAAAUGAUGUUAGUGCUACCAAUAUUCAACACAAGGGUUCAAUUCCUUCUCCUCAAACUCCAUUACUGAUGAUGCACAAAGCUAAGAAGAAGUAUGAAGUGGGUAAAGUAGUGGAUGAGGAAGAGGCAAAGCAAAGGCAAUUAAGAGCUAUUUUAAACAAACUUACUCCAACGAAGUUUGAGAAACUUUUUGAGCAAGUGAAAGCAGUUAACAUUGAUAAUGUUGCCACUCUAGCUGGUGUUGUGUCACAGAUCUUUGACAGAGGUUUAAUGGAGCCUAUGUACUGUGAGAUGUAUGUAAAUUUCUUUUGUCGUCUGGCCGGGGAGUUGCCUGAUUUCAAUGAAGACAAUGAAAAGAUAACUUUUAAGAGAGUGCUUCUGAACAAGUGCCAGGAGGAAUUUGAGAGAGGGGAAAGAGAGCAAGAAGAAGCUAAUAAAGUUGAUGAAGAGGGUGAGAUCAAACAGUCUGCAGAGGAAAGAGAAGAGAAGAGAGUUAAGGCUAGAAGACGAAUGUUGGGUAACAUUCGAUUAAUUGGGGAGUUGUACAAGAAGAAAAUGUUGACUGAGCGAAUAAUGCAUGCAUGUAUACAGAAAUUGCUGGGUCAGUUUCAGGAUCCUGAUGAAGAAGAUCUUGAAGCUUUGUGCAAAUUGAUGAGUACUAUUGGGGAGAUGAUCGACCACCAAAAAGCUAAGGAGCAUAUGGAUGCAUAUUUUGAUAGAAUGAAGACAUUAUCCAAUAACAUGAAUUUAUCUUCUAGGGUCAGGUUCAUGUUGAAGGAUGCAAUUGAUUUGAGAAAGAAUAAAUGGCAGCAGAGGAGGACAGUCGAGGGGCCGAAAAAGAUUGAGGACGUGCACAAAGAUGCUGCUCAAGAACGACAGGCGAAAAAAUUAGCAGGUGAUUACCGUGAAAUACUGCCUACUCCUGAUGUUUGGUCGGAGGAAAGUGAAAGACAGUCCUAUGAGGUUGGGACCUUGUCAAUUCCCUUGCUGCAAAGACCUAUUGGUGAUGAUUCUACUUCUCUGGGACCUCAAGUUGGCUAGUAAGAACAAAAACAUUUCUAAUGUCUAUUCGGACAUCUUGUUUCAUGUUAGGAUUAUGGUCAAUUUCUUCUUUGGCUUUAAGCCUUUUUUUUUGUUAAUGGAUGGUUGGUUAGUUCUUAGGAUCUUGCUGAUGGUGUUUUACUACUACUUGUAUGCACGAGGAAAAUGAUAUCUUGCCUCUAAAUUUGGUGCUAAAUCGAGACGGCGAGUGAGAUUUGUGAUUAAUUUUUUGUUUGUUUUCGGCACAUUUAAGCACCGUUUGUUUCGAUGUUUAGCUGAAAAUACUUUUCAGAAAAACGUGGCAUAAAAAUAGUUCUCUUUGCUGCUUGAGCUUCUUUUGUCUUUGUUUGUUUCCUAAGGAAA